GGUGUGUGCAAAACUCAGAUUUUGCACCUGGCUCCAGUUUCCCAACUACGCCUCUGGAUGUAUCACAAAGUAGCAUCAUCCAGCCAUCGUAAAACUGCAGCGAAAGAAAUAGCCCUUCCUUGCAAUGGCAACCAGGCAGCUGCCUGGUUAGCGGAACUCAGUGUAGCCGGAACCUUUUUUUUUCCGGCAUGGCGAGGCACGGCGGAGUUUUAUGGUUGCACCGUACGGCAGAAGGGGGACUUGUUUUUCUCUGGUCUCGGACGCCACAGAAGCCCUCGAGGAAGGGAAGAUGUUGCCUUCGUUCCAGGAGUCGGUGGAUGGGGAGGAGAGGGAGCUGGAGAGCAGCGAGGAGGGGGGUGGCCUUUCGGACGAGCGCAAACUGGAGCGUAGCAACAACAGCUACUACUGCUUGUACGGAUACCAGGGCUGCAGGUUGCAACAGGGAGUAGACAGCGAUAAUGGAAGUCCAUGCAGUUCAGCCCCUGAAACUCCCUCUUCGGAUGAUUUCAGCCUUUCUUUGGUGGACACGAACUUGCCGGCAGAAGCGGAUAUGGAAUUGCGCAGUUUUAUUGCCAAGCACCUCGCAAAGGGAGCCUUUUUCGAAGGGAUGGGCAACGUCGCAUCGGUGGAACUGAGUAUACCAGAAAGCCGAGUUGGUUGUUAUUACUGCCUGCUGCAGCCAGAGAAACAUACAGAAACGGCAAGCUCGGGAUCAAGCAUCAGUCUCUUAGACUAUGUUGUCUGCUUUUUGGGAGGCUCAGAGAAGGGGCUUGAACUAUUCAGACUCGAGCUGGACAGAUACACGCAAGAGUUGAAGAUUAUCCUUGAAACAGAGCCUGGAACUUUGAAAUACCUACCCCGUGGAGGCUGCUGCCAGCAAAACACCAAGUAUGUGGUGCACGGGGGGCUGAUCACGGGGGGAGGGCAGCACAGGGGGAUGCAACCCAGAGGCGUAGGAAUGAAACGCGCUAGAUGGUCUUUAGAAACCAAAGCUAUGAAUGUAGCAGCAAUGUUGUUUCCUUCAUAUCCCAAGGCUCUGAGUUACACUCCAGUUGAAGUCAAAGAGUCAGAUGGAAGGACAAAGAAGGACAUCAACAGCUUCCUGAGGGCUGCCAGCCUCCAGGGGCUCGUCCAGGAAGCCACGAUGACAUCCUUAUGCAUAGCAAUGAACGAGGAACAAGGCCAAUCCGUGGUCAUCGACUGGAGCGGGCCACAACCUCUGUUCCAUAACGCAGGCAAUAACAAAUUUUGCGAAGAAUGGACACAGGUCUUUCUGAAUGGUUCUGAAGGGGGAAAUCCAUUUCUCUUCCGGCAAAUUUUGGAGAACUUUAAAUUGAAGGCCAUACAAGACAUCAACAAUCUCAAGAGGUUCAUCCGGCAAGCAGAGAUGAACCAUUACGCUUUGUUCAAAUGCUACUUGUUUCUGAAGAACUGCGGGAGUGGAGAUGUCCUCUUGAAGAUGGUGAAAGUGGAACACACAGAGAUGCAAGAAGCCAAAAAUGUAAUAGCUGUCCUUGAGGAGUUUAUGAGCGAGUCAGCUGUAAUCUAGAUCUAUCACCUUUCAAUUUAGGGCUAUGCAUGCUGAACAAAAUUAAGGUGCAUCUGGGCAUAGCAGCUGGGAAAGCAAACUCCUUUCUAGCCACAUGUACAUAACUUGCUGCAGCUCUCCACAUUUGCACUCCUGUGGUCCAGAAAAGGUCUGCUUUUCUGUUGCAUUUUAGAGGGCAUGCCCAAUGUACCCCAUGUGUUGUGUCUCUAUUUCACGCUAGCCUAUGUCAUAGUGCUGAAACUGGCUUUUUUGUUGGAGAAUUGUACAGAUGUAGCAUUCUCAUUGUGAAACUUCCUUCACGGUUGUGUGAACUUGUGCUUGAAAAACAUUGGAUUACCAGGCGACCCUCACCAUUUUCUUUUUCUACAGAAAGGCAGAACGGUUUGAGUUUCUAAACAUUUCAUUUUGCACAAGCUCUUCCAUUCCAUUUUAGACUUGCUACGUGAAGAUUCCUGUUCUUUUUGAGGUGGGGAUGCAGGGCAGAGUAUUGGCUGCAUUUGCCGCAGUGGGACAAAGAACAAUACAUUUUAAUGUCAGGUUAUGAGCACAGCUUUGACCGCAGCUUACCACUCUGCACCACAGGGCAAAGCAGGUGGUAAUACCAAGGGUGUGGUUUGUGUUGUGUAAAAGUAAGGCGGUGGCAAUACCAAAGGUGUGCUUUGUGCUUAGUUUAUUUGAUUGGGCUGUUUGAUUCUGGUGCGCAAUUUGGACUUGGGCUUCUUGGUUCUGAUGCCAGGUACCGUCUUGAGUGAGUGGAGUCUGGUUUUAUCUGGUACGUGUUCCCUCCGUUUCCCAUGUCUGCUGAUUAAGGAUUAAGUUCUUCCUGAUGUUUAGCCGAAAAGUCUUUUGAUAAAUUCAGAAAGCAAAUAUGUAAAUGCUGCUACAAUGGAUCAUGACUCAACAUUUUGAUCAGAUUUUACUAAACCAAUUCCUAUGAAAUAAUUGUUGAAAGGAUUACAUUAUGCCGUAGCUUUAGAGAAAGAGACUGGAAGGCUUUCUUAGCUGUGUGAACCUUUGUUUGUUUGGUACUUGCUGACCCAACUUGAGGUACUGAAUAAAUUCACCUUGGGGCAGCUGUAGCUUCAAGCUAGAUCAGG